UUGGGGAAAAUGCUAUAAAUACGACAGACCUUUAUCGAAAAACUUCAGUACUUAUGUAAGUGUCCUUCAUAAUGAAACUACUACUGAUUUUUUUGUUCGGCCUAAUAACCACUGCUGUGGCUCAAUAUGGAUUUGGCCAAGGAGGAUUUGGCAGUCAAGGGGGUAUUGGUGGACAAGGAGGAUUCGGCGGACACAUAGGAUUCGGAGCACAAGGAGGACUUGGAGGCCAGGUUGGAGUUGGCCAUGGAGGUUCUGGAUCAUACGCUCCGCAAGGACCACCAAAUCGAUUCGAGCCAAACUACGGAGGAAAUCCUAUUAUACCCGGAACUCAUCAUGAACAUGGUGCACAUGGUGGGGAAUUCGCCCCACAAGGACCCCCAAAUCAAUUCGAACACGGAUAUGGUGGGUAUCCUUCCGGAACUGGUGAUUUUCACGGAGAUCACCACGAGCACUCCGAACAUCAUGGUGAACAUCACCGCGAACAUCACAUCGAACAUCAUGAACACCAUGGACACCAUGAACACCAUGGACACCACGAACAUCACGGGUACCCUUAACUCUUUGUGAAAUACUAAUGAGUGCAAAAUAAAGUUCAAAUUUAAAUGCA